UCUUUCCCCCCUCAACAUAUACAACACGCUGGGGAUCGUCAUCAUGAAAACUUCUACGGACUCUCGAGCCUUCGGUGGUCCAGCUUGGCUGCUUUCGAUCGGAUUCCUAUUCCAUGCGGUUUAUCUCAUGUCCAUAUUCGAUGUGUAUUUCAUCAGUCCCGUCGUCAGAGUACCUCAACGCUUCAGUCCUUUGGAUCCUAUUCAGGGUGAACCGCCUGCUUCUCGAGUCCAUACCAAGCCCCUUGCCAGUCGGGUAGUCUUGAUUGUAGGUGAUGGCUUGAGAGCGGAUAAGUUAUUCUCCCUGUUUCCUGAUCCGCCAUUCGAUCCAUCUCUGCCAGUCCCAAUCCUGCCAGACCUCAAGCCGAUACCGAUCUCCGAGGAGGACCGAGUCCAAGCCAGUCAAAUUACCCCGGCGCCUUACCUCAGGGCUCUGAUCAAAACUGGCCAAGCAAGCUGGGGAGUCAGUCAUACUCGCGUCCCAACAGAGAGUAGACCUGGUCACGUAGCCAUCAUCGCUGGCAUGUAUGAGGAUGUAAGUGCCGUCACUCGAGGCUGGAAAAUGAAUCCGGUCAACUUCGAUUCAGUCUUCAAUCAAUCUUCACACAGCUUUACCUUUGGAUCUCCGGAUAUCUUACCCAUGUUUAAGCAUGGCGCAUCUGAUCCUUCUCGAGUGGAUGCUUGGAGUUAUGACGAAGCUGCUGAAGAUUUCACCAAAGACGCGGCCCAACUAGAUAUAUGGGUACUCGGACGACUGAAAAGUUUAUUAUCCGAGGCUCAGAGGGCAGGUCCAGGCAGCUCGCUCGAUCGUCAACUUCGCUCCGAUCAAGUUUUCUUUUUCUUGCAUCUUCUCGGUUUAGAUACUACCGGCCACUCGUAUCGCCCUCACUCCCCAGAAUAUUUCCGGAACAUCCAAGUGGUUGAUCAGAUCGUGAGAGGAACACAAGAGAUGUUAGAGAAAUUCUACGGCGAUGACCGUACCGCGUUCAUUUUCACGGCGGAUCAUGGGAUGAGCAAUAUCGGCAAUCACGGGGAUGGCGAUCCAGACAAUACCCGCACCCCUCUAGUUGCUUGGGGAAGUGGGAUCCAGAAAGGGACUGUUGGGAUUCCCUUUGUUGAUGACGGCUCUCUCAAACUUGAUCCGUACUACCAAAACUGGAACCUCAACAUGACCCAAAGAAAAGACGUGGAACAAGCCGAUAUUGCUGCCCUUAUGGCUGCCCUCGCUGGAAUCCCUGUGCCUUCGAAUUCCGUGGGACGUAUACCCCUGGACUACCUUAAUGGCUCCCAAGCAGAACUCGCCAGGGCUACCUACGCCAACACACGGGAGAUCCUGCAACAAUACGAGACGAAGCAUGAAUUAAAGGCUUCAACCAAGUUCGGCUUCCGCUCUUUCCCUGGUUUACCUGAUAAAGAGACUUUGAAUAAGCCGUCCAUAUCGGAAAGGUUGUUCCUUAUCCAUAGAAUGAUUCUCACAGAUCGCAAUGCAGAGGCAAUAGGAGCUUGUAGUGAGUUGCAAACUUUAGCGCUGCAAGGCUUGAAAUAUUUGCAAAGGUAUGAUUGGUUCCGACUCCGCACGAUCAUUGUCAUUGGAUAUGUCGGAUGGAUGGUCUACACUGCGAUCUUUGUCUUGCGCACCUACGUCAUUUCGCCUUCACCUCGCGACCACAUAAGGUUCGGGUCGAUCUUCGGCGCCGUUGUGUUCGCUGCUACGAGUUUAUAUUUCUACUUGGAGCACAGUCCUAUAACGUAUUAUUUAUAUGUGCUCUUUCCGGCUUACUUCUGGGGUCAGAUCAUUGAUGAUGUGGAUACUUUGCAAGACCUGGUGGAUUGGGCAUCCAGCAGCUCAUCCUCUCCGACUCGUAUUUGGGCUACGAUCUUGGUUACCUUGAUGAGUUUAGAAUUCAUGGUGUUAGGAUACUUUCAUCGAACGGCUUGGACGAUUGGAUGGAUUGUGAUCGGCGUCCUGUGGCCUUCCCUCGCGCUCUCGCCACGAUUCAAAGAAGAAAAUGGCCCCUUACUCAAAGCAUGGCUUGUUGCUUCGGUGUUUACCAGCAUAUUCACAGUCUUACCUGUCGAGAAAGGGGAAAGCCUAACGGUCAUUACCAUCGGGGGUUUGGCCUUUCUCUACGCUGGUUAUACGAUACGUCGGAAGUAUGGCAGCCCCUCCCGAAGACAGUUAGCGUUGAUCUUGAUCACUCUUCUGGUUACCAUCGAUUCUACAAGAAGGCUUCAGCAAAAGCAGGGACUUCCACUUGUCAAUCAGGCACUCGGAUGGCUUCUUCUUGCUUCCUCCCUCCUCCCUCUCUUGCCUCGAAGCUCAAAACCAUCUCGCGACACCCAAGACUCCUUACUGACGUCCCGAUUGGUCGAAAUCGUGUUUGCUUACGCUCCUGUAUUCAUCAUCCUAUCACUCUCAUACGAGGCGCUUUUUUAUCUGGCCUUCUCCGGUUCGUUGUUGAUUUGGCUCGAGUUGGAGACACAGCUGGCUCGGUUCGACGAAUCUCAGGAGCAAUCUAAGAAGGAGCGUGAAUCCAGAUUGGGGGUCGGGAAGCAGAUCGGACCGAUUUCCAAGUUCAGAUUACACCAUAGUCGAUUGAGUUUAUUCUAUCUAUUCUUUAUUCAUGUUGGGUUUUUUGGGACGGGUAAUGUGGGCUCGAUCUCGUCGUUUUAUUUGGAGCCGGUCUACAGACUGGUGCCGAUCUUCAACCCGUUCUUGAUGUCAUCCUUAUUGCUCUUCAAGAUCUUGAUCCCAUUCUUGAUCGUCUCAUCGGUCUUUAGUACUUUGAACUUCAGAUUAGGCUUGCCGAAGUUCUCCCUGUUUGUGUCGAGCUUGACGAUCACCGAUCUGAUGAGUCUGAACUUCUUCUUCUUGGUUAAUGAUGUCGGCUCGUGGCUCGAAAUCGGCCAAUCUAUCUCUCACUUCGCUAUCUCUUCCUUGUUGUUGGUCUUCAUGAUCUUGUUGCAUUUCUUGGGCGACUUCCUUUUGCUCGAUUUGCUCUCCACUCAUCAUCCUUCUUCUACUUCAAUUUCACAUAAACCUAAGUUCCAUUGAUCUUCUCUUCAUCUCACUGACAAUUUGAAAAUAAGCAAAUUUAGUUUGGAAACUUUUUUUUUUUUUUGGUUUUGUAAUGUUCCUCCAAGAUAAACCAUAUACAUAUGAAUAAAUCUUACUUGUGUUCAAAUCAAGAUUAAGC